UCUUCCCACCUUUCCUUGACAGUGACCCGAGAAAAUUAAAUUGCAUCCCCCCUGGUGGAUGAACCAUUUCCGAGGCCACUGCAAGAAAAUCUCAGUUUUUGGUGAAAUCAAAAUGUUGCUUCGCGAAAUUGCACGGUUUUCCCUGCAACAUCGCACCUUGUACUGUUAUUUGAUCCUGAGCAUUUGGAUUUUCCUACUGAUUGCUGGAAUGUACAAAUACAUUGGAUCAAUAGAAAAUAACAACAGCAUGUUGAGCUCGAAGGGAUUCCUGUACAAAAAGCAACAAAUGAUGCAGGAAGAGCAGGAGCGAAUCCGGGCCAAGAAAAUCAACGACGAGGAUUGCAAUCAUCCGCCCACAAUUGGACUUGGCGAAGAGGGUGGAACGCUAGAUGGGUGGUCAUUGCAGGGAGUUCUGCUUCUGAUCCGUCAUGGAGAUCGCGGUCCGAUGGCUCAUGUCCGGGGUAUUGAUUCGGUAGACUGUAGCUUCGAAGGAGACACAGUUCUAACCAAAUACAACCACUAUCUCACCAAUAGCAGCUCUAGCACAACGGCUGGUCACUGGAUGAAGACUGGAUCCUUUCACGGAUUUCCUCUGCUUCCUCCAAGUCCUAAGGCUUGUCUUUUGGGUCAGCUUACUCAGAAAGGAAUUGCGCAGCUGCUGCGUGUCGGAGAUAUUAUUCGCCAGGCGUACGCCCAUGCUUUAUCUUUGUAUGUGAGGCCUCCGGCUCACACUCGCACAACUCCUUACAAUGCUUCCGAUACGACCAACAUUCCAGGCAUCUAUAAUACCGAUGACAUCGUCAUCUACUCCACCAGAUAUCGACGGACAUUCCAAUCAGCAAUGGCUUUGAUGUUCAGUAUUGUGCCACCGGAGAAAUGGCAGCAUUUACAAGUGCAAGAAAGUCACAGUUUGUCUUUCUGCUUCACAGAUUGUGCCUGUCCACAAGCCGAUAAUCUUAAGAAACAACUAGAUAAAGAAAGCAAACAUUCCCUAGGAAGUCAUCCUGCCGUAGGUGCUAUCGUCCAGUGGAUGGGGGCAACCUUGCUUCAAAACCAACCUACAGUCGGCCAAGUGAGUCCACUGGAAGUUCGCGAUGCCAUUCUUUCGCACAUCUGCCAUGACGCGCCGCUGCCAUGUAGAAAAAUUUUAUUAAAUGCACGUGAUUCAAAAUCUGCUUCCAAAGCCGGAGCUAGUAUCAGCAGCACAGCUGACCCCCAAGACGUCAUUAAUAUCGAUCAGGAUGACAGCGGUAUAGUUUUCAGUAACACACAAAGUCAGGUGGUCACUGAAGAGCCAGAUGACGUAGAUCCAACCGGAGAUCAGGAACCGGAAAUUGAAGGAUGUGUUGAAAAAAGCCACGUGGCUGCUUUGAUGUCUUACACCCAAUGGGCGGCCCAGAAGGAAUCUAAAAGUUUCAAAACAAAACAGCAAGGCCUACUUCGGGCGUAUGGUUUCCUUAGAAAUAUCGUGAGCUACAUGCUUAAAAUGAUUUCCGGGGACAAAGUGAAAUUUGUCCUAUACUCCGGUCACGAUAAGACCAUGGAAUAUUUGAUGGCCGCUUUGGGUUUCUCAAGUGAUUCUCCAUUCAUACCUUACGCUUCCCGAGUUUCCUUUGAGGUAUACAAAAGUGACAAGGACACGCAGUUCUAUUUCCGGUUAUUGUUCAACGGUCGUGAUGUCACCAAUACUGUAACGGUGUGCGAAGGUGGAAAGAGUCUCAGCGUUCCCCGAGGUAUUCGGGGAGACCGGGCGCAUCUGUGUCCGAUCGAAAAUAUCAUCCGGUUCUUGCACGAUGACUUUUUCCUUCCCUUGAACGCUACCAAUUUUAAGGACGCUUGUUUGGCACAAAAAGAUGGUUACUUUUAGGUUCAUCCGUGUUGUUGUUAAAGUAAAUAUAAUAUGUUAAUUAAUUUUAAUCUGUGAUAUCAAGGGAAUUUGUUUUAAGUAUUAUUGAAAAGUUCAAACUAGAGUAUAAAUGAUGCAACAGUAAAACUGACUGUUCGAAAACCGAAACAUAUCAUUAAGUAGACUUGACUGUAGGGUAAGGAUGUAAAAUAAGCAAACUUUUAGCUUGUUCCAGCCAUACUGGCUCAUAAUAUCGAUGUAAAAUACUGUACUGUGGCUAAUAAAAGAUGCUUUCGAAAACGGC